AUGGAGAAAGCAGUGAAGCCGAUCUUGUACGGAGAUGAAGCUUCACCGCCAGUGAGGUUCGCCAUGAUGACAGCAUCCUUAGCGAACGUUGAGGUUGAAUUCCAAAAAAUCGAUCUUUUCAAAGGAGAGAAUCGAACUGAAUUUUAUAAAAAGAUAAAUCCCUUUCAGAAGGUGCCAAGUCUUUCUGUAAACGGGCAAAAUAUAUGCGACAGUCAUGCCAUAGCCGUGUAUUUCUGCAGAAAGAGUAACAACCAAGAGCUGUACCCUGAUGAUAUCAUUCUUAAAGCCAAAAUAGAUGAAUGGCUUUACUUUGAUGCUGGCAUACUGUUUCCAAUUGACAGUGCUAUAUUUAGUGACUUUUUUGCCGGUAAAUGGCCAGCUAACGAAGUAUUGAUCAAUAAGUGGUAUUCCGCUUUGGACCAUUGUGAGCUCGUUUUAGAUAAACAGAAGUGGCUAACUGGAGAUAAGAUACGCCUUUGUGACAUUUGUUGCGGGACUACUAUAAGUUCUCUUGAAAUAUUGAUUCCUCUUCUGGAACGACACCAACGCUUGAAGGAGUGGAUGAGAGAAUUAAGAAAUCUUCCUUGUUUUGAAAUAAAUACGCGAGGCUUAAAACGCUUACAAGUCUUUGUAGAUGCUGUAAAAACCAGUAACACACAAGUGAAUUGA